ACGGCUCAUUUGAUCAGUCAGUUUCUUUCUAACUUAGACGUCUACGAAAAGUGGCAGUUGUUCCCUUCAAAAUGCGACCUUUGUUAGGAAACAUUCUUACUUUGGUGGUAUUCAUAGUUUUGGUAGGUGAAGGCUACGCUCUUCGUUCCUUGGAAGAACGAUACGGAAGUUGCUAUAGUGACUCUAUGUGUCUAGCCUAUUCUUCUUGUCAAAAGGGAAAAUGCAUUUGUCGCCCCCCGUUGGUCGGAGAUGGAGUGUACUGCAAAGUUGCGGACCGUGCGAAAUGCUCAAAGUCCAAAGACUGUCAUAAAAACGCCAUAUGUUUGGAAAGAGAAUGCCUUUGUGUAGGGUAUAAUGUAGGAGACGGCAAAACUUGCAGAGCGACCCAGAAAGCAAUAACGUGUAAGACAAUGAAUUAUUGUGGAGAUAAAGGAUGGUGCCCAGUUGAUUCUCUAUUCCCUAACACUGUCAAUUGUCGAUGCUGGAUUGGAUUCAAGCUUAACGACAAGAAUGUGUGUGUCGAAAUUAACAAACCAUGUAAAGUGGACGAAGAUUGCAAUUCUAAGGCCAAGUGCCUGAAAGGACUAUGCAUUUGUCAAGGAAACCGAUGGGGGGACGGCUCCCAAUGCAGAGCUGCCAAACCAUGCAAAGGGAAACGCAAGUGUGACCCUCAUACUACCACCUGUUUGAUUGAUCCAAUGGCGCCAUCAGAGGUAUUCUGCAAAUGCCGACGGAACCUGGUUUACGCUAUUGGGACUAGCGGAAAGUGUGUCGAGUGCCGAACUGACAAGCAUUGUCAAGGUGCUGAACGCUGUGUGGAUUUUAAGUGCAAGAAACCUGAUUUACAUUUGUGCGCUACGUCUGCGGACUGCCAUAAAGAUGCCGAAUGCCGUCGAGGGAAGUGUCAUUGUAAAGGACUGACCGCCGGCGAUGGAAAAGACUGCAAAGCUUCUUUAUUCUGCCCAGUCACGCAUGAAUGCGACGCCAAUUCCGUCUGUAUUAGAGAUCCGAAGUAUCCUUUUAGUCCUUACUGCAGAUGCAACCCAGAUUAUGAGAAGUCUGAUGAUGGCAAGUGUGUGGAUAUAGACGAAUGCGAGGAUUCAGACGUUUGCCCAGCUAAGCACGUCUGUGUUAACACGCCAGGCGCUUUUGAAUGUCAUUGUAAAAAAGGAUACCAGAAGGGAGAUGACGGCGAGUGCGUGAAAAUGGCGUGCAAAUGCGGUCCUCAUGGAACAGGGUGUAACGAUGACGGAGAGUGUUCUUGUCAUGACGGAUUUGAAAAAAAUGGAGAUGGAGUAUGUGAAGACAUCGACGAAUGUGCCUUUGAGUCACCGUGUACCGGUGAUGGAGAGGUGUGUGAAAACCAGGAAGGGAAAUACACUUGCUCGUGCAAAGCAGGAUAUGUGAUGAAUGGCGGAGGAUGCGUCAAAGAACCUCAAUGCAAGUGCAUAUUGCACGAAGAAUGCAUCGAAGGAAAGUGCAAGUGCAAGAAAGGAUACAAGAGGAAUUCAAAGGGAAAAUGUGCUAAAAAAGGCCCCGCUAGCCAAGUUGGUUCAGGCCACUCUGUACACGUCACCAGUCACCUGAGCACCCUCGGCCUCGUCCUCGCACUGCUUGGACGCCUGGCCGUCACAGCAUAAGGAACCGCGCCUACUGCUUGCUUUGCUGCUGCAUGCUUAUUCUUUUAACUUUUAUCUUUUUGCCCAACAACAAAAUCUGUAUAAUAUUACUGUAUUUGUAAAAGAUACUUCUAAGUGUAGUACAGAUCGAUACGAAUGAUUCAAGAACUUUUGAAAAAAUAUUUUUUUUAAUUCCUUACCCUGAUAUCUACCCUUUUUAAACAGAAGUUUUCACGUUAAAAUGACUUUUCAUCUAAAUUUCAUCAAUUGUACUCCUCAACUACGUUUCAUCGCAGUUUUUUUCUUUCCUCUUGAAAGAUUGAUUGUAUUUUUCUUGAAACAGCCACCAAGUCCUGUUAUUUUGUUAUCCUUAAUAAUGCGAAAUUACUUGAGACUUUUCCAGAUAUUUGAUGUUAAAAUAUUACCGGAAUUGAACUUCUUACCUUGUCAUUUAAUAAAUUUGCUACGCUUUGCUUUGCUACUUUUAAAAACA